AUGGAACAUCUUAUAGUUGUCGCAACUUGUUCUCUUAACCAAUGGGCUUUGGAUUUUGAGGGCAACUUGGAACGUAUUUUAGAAAGCAUUUGUAUUGCUAAAGAAAAAGGUGCUACACUUCGGGUUGGACCAGAACUUGAAAUAACUGGUUAUGGAUGCUUUGAUCAUUUUUUAGAAGGAGAUACUUAUUUGCAUUCAUGGGAAAUGUUGGGGAAAAUAUUGCAAAAUGAAGAAACCAGAAAUAUAUUGCUUGAUAUUGGAAUGCCCGUCGCCCAUAAAAAUGUCAAGUAUAAUUGUCGAGUUAUUAUCUUUAAUGGAAAAGUUUUAUUGAUUCGCCCAAAAUUGUUUCUUGCAAAUGAUGGUAAUUAUCGCGAGUUGAGAUAUUUUUCUGCUUGGGCACCUGCACGAUACGUUGAGGAAUUUCAUCUCCCACGAAUUAUAAGAGAUAUUACUGGUCAAUCUACAGUUCCUAUCGGUGACGCAGUGAUUUCUACAAUUGAUACAUGCGUCGGUGUAGAAAUGUGUGAAGAAUUAUUUACGCCAAAUAGCCCAAAUAUAAGUAUGGGUUUAGAUGGGGUUGAAAUCAUAACUAAUAGCAGCGGCAGUCAUCAUGAACUUCGAAAACUUUACCGACGUGUAGAAAUGAUUAAAGAAGCAACCUUGAAGAAUGGCGGGGUUUAUCUGUACUCUAAUCAACAAGGGUGUGAUGGAGAUAGGUUAUAUUAUGAUGGCUGUGCUUUAAUCGCGGUUAAUGGUCAGAUUGUUGCUCAAGGCUCGCAAUUCUCUUUAAAAGAUGUGGAAGUAGUUACGGCAACCAUUGAUAUAGAAGAUGUACGUUCAUAUCGUUGUAUAAGCAGCCGAGGAAUGCAAGCCGUAAACACUCCGAAAUACCAACGUAUUGAGGUUCCUAUGGCUUUAUCUCAACUGCAAAUAAAUAAAAAAAUUCUUAUUCGUCCAACUAAGCCUACUAAAGAAUUUUAUCAUACACCUGAGCAAGAAAUCACCUUGGGUCCAGCUUGUUGGCUGUGGGAUUAUCUUCGAAGAUCAAAAACGAGUGGAUAUUUCUUACCUCUUAGUGGAGGAAUCGAUAGUUGCGCUACGGCAACUAUAGUGCAUUCCAUGUGCCGUCUCAUCGUGGAAGCAGCGGAAAAUGGAGAUACUAAAGUUAUUAAUGCUGCAAGAAGAAUAGCAGGAGAGACAAAGAAUUCAGAUUAUAUUCCCAAGGAUCCUCGAGAAUUUGCAAAUCGAAUAUUUCAUACAUGUUAUAUGGGAACCGAGAAUUCAAGCAAAGAGACGCGAGAACGCGCCAAGAAUUUAGCAGAUGCUAUAGGCAGUUAUCAUAUUGAUUUUAAUAUGGAUGAUAUUGUAACUUCAAUGCAAGCAUUGUUUAAUUUAGUCACUAACAAAGUGCCAAAAUUUAGAGUUCACGGUGGUUCAAAUGUCGAGAAUUUGGCACUUCAAAAUAUUCAACUUAUGCCAUGGGUUAGAAAUCGGGAUGGUUCGUUACUUGUUCUUGGUAGCGCAAAUGUUGAUGAAUGUCUUCGAGGCUACCUAACUAAAUAUGAUUGCUCAAGUGCCGAUAUCAAUCCCAUUGGAUCGAUUAGCAAGAAAGAUCUAUGUAGAUUUAUUACUUAUGCAAGAGAUGAAUUUAAUAUUCCAAUUCUCGAUGGAUUUCUUACUGCGAUUCCAACAGCCGAACUUGAACCUAUAACUCAUGAUUACGUUCAAGGCGAUGAGGCUGAUAUGGGAAUGACAUAUGAUGAAUUAUCAACGUUUGGAAAAUUAAGAAAAAUAGAACGAUGUGGUCCAUUUUCGAUGUUCUCGAAACUUGUACAUGAUUGGGGAGCAGAAUUAAAUCCUACUCAGGUCGCUGAAAAAGUCAAAAAGUUCUUUUUCUAUUAUUCAACAAAUCGUCAUAAAAUGACUACAUUAACACCAUCAUAUCAUGCUGAAGCUUAUAGCCCAGAUGAUAAUAGAUUUGAUUUAAGACCAUUCUUAUAUAAUGCUACUUGGAGUUGGCAAUUUAAAAAAGUUGACUCUCUUGCUAAAGAAUUUGAAAAUGAAGAUUGA